CAGACUACAGUUUCAGGAAGAUCAUGCAGCUGCUGCAUGUCUGUUAUUGCUGAGCUUGGUGGUGUCUAUGACCGCUGGCCUUGUCACAUAGUAUAAACCAGCACGGUGUCACUAUUCACUAUUAUUCACAGUCAGUGUGCCGUCAAUAACAGAAGUGUCUUAUGGUUUUCUGUAUUCUCAGGGAAAUAAGAAGUUGAUCAUUAAAGGUGGUAAACAAGAUGAUGUGCGCACUGCGAUCCUUGCUCUUAAAGGGGAAACUACCUGUUGCACCUGCACGGAGUGAUGUCACGAGAAGUGUACAGGCAAAAGCCACAUUUGCAACUGGUUCCCGCCAACAUGACACUACUUUGUAUGAAUUCCGCACCUAUUCUAUCAAGCCCUCAGUGAUGAAUGCAUACAUGGAGCUUACAAAGGAGAAUUUUCAUCUUCGUAUGGCACAUUCAGAGAUGGUUGGCUUUUGGACAUAUGAAUUAGGUGGACUGAAUAAGGUGUUUCACAUAUGGAAAUAUGACAGCUUUACACAUAGAUCAGCUGUACGUGCCAAGCUAGCUCAAGACAAAUCAUGGCAGGAAAACUAUCUAGCUAAAGCACUGCCCAUGAUAGAAAAACAGGACAAUGAGAUCACUUACUUGGUACCAUGGUGUAAGCUUCAGAAACCAGAAAAAGAAGGGGUCUAUGAGAUGGUAUCAUUUCAGUUCAAGCCUGGAGGGCCAGCUGUUUGGGGUGCAUCGUUUCAAGCUGCUAUCUCUACUCAUGUUAAUACUGGCUACACAAAACUUGUUGGUGUUUUUAACACUGAAUAUGGAUUACUUAACCAAGUUCAUGUCCUGUGGUGGAAUGAGAAUCCUGACAAGCGGGCUGCAGGAAGGCAUUUGGCUCAUGAAGAUGCCAGGGUAGUGGCCGCAGUAAGAGAAAGCGUGCGAUUUCUUGACAACCAAAGAAACGUUCUUCUGAUUCCAGCUCCAUUCUCCCCAUUGAAGUAAUGCCUGCAAUUUCUCAUGGACACAUUGAAACAGAUGGCCUUAACUCACAAUAAUGGAAUCUUCACUUGUUGGAUACAUUCACGUUUAAGUCUGUUACGACCUUUAGAAAGCCACAACAGAAUAAAAUUGCUUCAUGUAUAUUUAAAAUGCAUUUUCUGUAUGCUGCUGAAAUCUUUACAAGCAGUAAGAGUGCAGUGGCAUUUCUAUAUGAAAAACAAGUUUUAUGAGAGUUGUAUAGUGCACAGUUUUAGAAUUCAGCAAGGGCCAAGGAAAAGGGAUAUUUUCGUCUGGUUUGUUUGAAGGCACUCUUCAUCCACUGUCCUGCGUGUUAUAUAAUUGUAUAGAAUGCCAAUGAGAUUUUGCAAGUACAAAGUAAAGAGUAAAAUAAAGCAUGCCUAGUUUUUGUUAGAAUUGGUUUAAGCAUAAAGUCAAAGAUUAAUUUGGUGCUUCUAGAUGUGUUUGUGUAUAGUACUUACCAUGGGUACACAGAACCAAGAAGAGAAACCCUUUUACACUUACAUGAUUUGCUCUUUUCUGAGAAACUAAUGGUAAUUGGUCAAUGUUAAGAAAGAUCAUCAAUAAAAUUGUGUGAUGUCAUAAUAUU